GCCAUGACGGCUGGCGGCUGCGACUAAGCAGACGGCGACCGCUGGUUGACUCGCUCCCUCUCCCGGCGACGCCCUCGCCGCCUCCUUGUCCCGGCGACAUCCUCUCUCGCGGCGUCGCCUCUCCCAUCGACGGCCCCUAUCCCGGCGACACCCUCGACGCCUCCUUCCCCGACGCUCUCUCCCCCGGUGAGGGCCCCCGGCCCUCUCCCGGCGAAGGCCCUUCUACGACGCCCCCUCUCCCGCCAUGACCCAGAAGACGCCAUCGAAAGCCAGGUUGGAGUCGACCCACGUCUCCGACGGUUUCUGCGCCCCCCAGUUUGAGCUCCCAGAGCCCCUGACAGGGAAAAUCUGGACACUGGAUGACUUCGAGGCCAGCCCUGCUUUGCUGGUUAUGUUCAUAUGCAAUCACUGUCCGUUUGUAAAACAUCUGAAAAAAGAUAUUGCUAAGCUCACUUCGUUUUACAUCGAGAAAGGACUUGCUUCUAUUGCCAUAUCCUCAAAUUCAAUUGUGACAUAUCCCAAGGAUGGUCCCGAGUACAUGGCUGAGGAGGCAAAAAAAUUUAAGUACUCUUUUCCUUAUUUGUAUGAUGAGUCCCAAGAAGUUGCUAAGGCUUUUCGAGCAGUCUGCACACCGGAGUUCUACUUGUUCAAAAAGGAUGAGCAAAGGAAAUUUGAACUUUUUUACCACGGGCAGUUUGAUGAUUCAAGACCCAGUAACAAUGUGCCAGUCACUGGAAGGGAUUUAAGCCGUGCAAUCGACUGUGUACUUAGUGGCCAAGAAUUGCCUUUCUACCAAAAACGAAGUGUCGGGUGCAGCAUCAAGUGGCACGAGUAAAGUCAAACCAGUAAUAUCAUCACGAAUUGGACAAGAAGCUGGGCAAGUGAGCAAGCAGUACUUCCGUGCAAACUUUCUCAGCUCAUCGGCUGAACAUUUGCAAUAUACUCCCUCCGUUCCUUAAUAUAAGACCUUUUAGCUUUUUUUUGAUUCGUAUGUAUGUACACACAUUUUAGUAUGAUUGUUCACUCAUUUUAGCAUGUAUGUGGUCAAUAUUUUGAAAUAGCUAAAAGGUCUUAUAUUAGGGAACGGAGGGAGUACUUAGCUAGUGUACUUUUUUUGCACAAUGAAUGAAAGAAAUUUGUCUUUAUUCUAUUCAACUGAAA